AUGAUUUGUUCUCAACUUUGUUCUUCCCCUGUGAUUCUAGACUCUCCGGUGUUCCUGGAAGUCCCGGUUCCCGUGCUAACCAUCCGACUGCAUUCCGAAUUUGUUCUACCUUGUUGGGUCGAUGCGGUCCCCGAAGCCACCUUGGUCUGGACACGAGAUUCCAAACGUGUGGUCGAAUCACAUCGAACCAAAAUCGGAACCAGUCCCAUGACUCCGAAAUCCGGCAGUCGGGGGAGCAAAUCCAUGUGGCAGACCACAAACGCGUCGUUAUCGGUCGAACGCUGCAUCUAUCAGGAUGCCGGACUGUACACGUUGGUCGCGGAAAAUGUGGCCGGACGGGUACAGACCAGCUGUCUGGUCCGAAUCGAAGAAAAUCCGAUACGAAAAGAAGUGGCAAUUCGUUGGACUGACAUUGGUAAACACUACUAUGUGCUACGAAAACUCGAAGGUCAUAUGGCAAACGAAAUGCGACUGUUGAUUGAUAAGCGAACCAAUCAGGAAUAUGUGGGCAAACUGUUCCCAUUGGAUGAUCCAUUGAAUCGUGUGUGUGGUGCUCGGGAAUUCGAAUGUCUCUCACGACUGAAUCACGCGAAUGUGGUUGAGCUAACCGAUGCAGUCAUCUGCGACAACACGUUGGUCCUGGUUAUGGAACACAUCAAAUGUGGUAUAGUAGUUACAGUUAAACUUCCCGUAGACGUGUUGGACAACAAGUUUCACUCUGGCAUGCAAAAAUUGUAUACCGGCAAAUCUGUCUGUGCGAAUGAAUAUAAUUGGCAUGGUUUCUUCCCGAUCGGUUCGAAUUCAGCCCGUGGUCAGAAGGCGAUGCUAAACUGCCCCACCUGGUCGGAAUCUGCAGCUCGAGCGGUCGUUCGCCAGUUGCUUGAAGCGCUGGAACAUGUGCAUGCCGAAGGUGUGGUACAUUUCGAUAUCCAUCCGGAAAACUUGAUUUUCGCACGAAGUGUUGUCGCUGAUAGCUGGGACAGUCAGACCGCCUACACGGACCUGUUCGCGGCACUCUCUCCACUCGUGACCGACGCAAUGGGGUCGGGCUCCACGGACAGGCAUAAGUUGAACGUGCUCAGUACAUUGAUCAAACUGGCCGGAUUCUCCGCGGCUGAGCCACUAGUUUCUUCUCAUGCUGCCGGAUGUUUGCCUCCACAUCGCUAUAGGUGCGAGUACACUGCACCUGAAGUGCUGUUGGCCGCUGCCCAGGUUGAACGUGAUCGUUCUGAGACAGGACCGUUGAGUGUAGGAACAGCCGCUGAUAUGUGGAGCGUUGGCGUCCUAACCUAUCUUUUGUUAACCGGUUGGAAUCCUUUCAUGCACACGGCGACCGGUGAGAUUCUACGUGAGAACAUUCUCAAUGCGGAAUAUUCAAUGGAUCUGGAGGAGUUCGCUAACGUGUCUGACGAAGCCAAAGCAUUCGUGCGUGCGCUGCUUCAAAAGGACCCACUUAAUCGUCCGACCGCUCUCGAGUGUCUCGAAGAUCCUUGGAUUAAUCAGUCCGAUUUCAACGCAUCCAAAGAGAAUAUCGAAUACCGAUUGGGACGAUUACCCAAAUACUAUGAACUUUAUACCCAAGAAGAAGGACUUCAUACAAUCCCAACGCUCAUCAGCACUCCAGCGGAAGAACACACAUCAGAUCAACAAGACGCCGCUUCUGACGUAACACCUGUGGGAUUGGACUUGAACAAGAGUCUGAAAAACCGUAUACAGUUACUUUCAUCCAGUCCCCUUCACAAAGAGGAUAGUAUGAGUGAUCUGUCGUCUCGGGCAUCCUCCGUUCCCCAACUGAUGGAAGCACUGGAGUCAGCUGAUGCUGGUCCAGAAUUAGGAAAUCGGGAUUUCGAGACCACCAGCAACGCAUCAAUCACCUCAGUGGAUGACGCAUCGGAAGAAAUCAAUCAGAAAUUGUCCACAAUCGUACGACAGGACACUCUGACCGAAGCUAGUCAGUUUGAUGAUGGAGUGGAAGACGUGGCGGGAGAGAUCGGACAAGGCGAUCCGAUGGAAACAGCAACUGAUGGUAUCACUGCCCCAAGUGGCACCUCGAAAACCCCAGCUCCAUCCGCCGCUCCCGUGCUAGCCUGUCCUCUUCGAGAUGCGUAUUACAAUAUCCACGUUCGUGAAGCUCGAUUUUCUUGUCAGUUGGCCGGUUUCGCCCACUUGCCGCCUGGUUUGCAUGGACAUCGUGAGGCGAUUCAGGCUAUUUAUCCAUCAGACACGUCCUCGACUUCUCUCAAACACGGAGGAAGUUCGGCCGCUGCGGUGGCUGCUUGGUAUCUAGGCGGUUGUCUCUUAACUGACGGUCCGGGAGUGGAACUCGGUGCCGGACCGGGUGGUUGGCUGUGGUUGACUCUAUCGGAUUUGACCACUGAACAGUCCGGCAGUGUUGUGGAGUGUGUCAUUCGAAAUCGGGCCGGUAAGGCCAGAACACAAGCCCGAUUGUUACAAGCAGAUCCUCCCAAACCACCUGGACGUCCGGGUUUGUCUGAUGUACGUGCGACCGAAGCUUUGGUCACCUGGGCUCCGACGGAUCCGACAACCAACCAAGACAUUAUUUAUCGGGUUGAUGCAAAAUAUUCGCCAGGUCCAAACGAACCACUAGGAUGGUAUCCAAUCGGGUUUACCGUGGAUUGUCGAUACCUGAUCACCAAUCUGACACCCGGGAGACAUUAUCGCGUCCGUGUUUCAGCCGGAAACAUCCAUGGAUGGGGCAAUUACAGUGUGGCAUCGUCCGAGUUCCAGACUCUGAACGUCACUGCCUCACCUGAAUCGGAUCAUAUCCUGUCCGAGCACGAACGGGAUUGGAUGUUCACAUGGCGACAGAACAAUGACAUCACUGCCCUGAGUGAUCAUCCGAUUGCCGUGCGGUUCAACAUGAGCCGAUUUGGUAACAUGCCACCACCUCUGUCGGACAAAACAUUGCAAAAGUUACACGAGCACGGUGGAUUAAUAUCCGACCUGGAUGUACUUCGAGAGGUUUGCUAUCCAGAAUAUGUAAUACGCACGGGCACAUUCUCCAAGCUCAUUGUGGCCCGUACUCAUCCGAUGCUAACCGAACAAACCGGGAACGAACGGGAUGAGAUUUGUCUACCCUCCAGACUAAUACUUCACCAGACCAUGAUCACAGCCGAUAACCCUGCGGAUGAACAACUCGCCCGACAACGUGCCAUCCUUCUGACCGGAUUAAACACGUCCAGCGGUGGAACUGAGGCCGCGGUGGAUGAUUUCUUUUGUGGUAUGGAAACCUCACUCAUAUUCACUGCGUAUCGAAAACUACUUCCGUGCGGUUGGUCGCUCGGUUGGUUGGCCAAUGAUGCCGCGAAGCCCACAAUGGGAAUCAGUGUGUCACAUUGGAUUCCCGGUGGUCUGCUGUUGGACGUGUUGUGCAGUCGAACCGAGUACACAGAAUUCACGAUCAUGCAUUGUGUACGACAAGUGCUGCUUGCUCUGCGUUGGUUACAUGUGAAAUUUUCCGGACGACCGCAUGGUUCCGUAAACCCGAGCCACAUUUUGGUCGCGCGUAGAACCUCUGCACUACCGGACAUUGUACUGUCCGGGUUGGGGAACACGGUGAAUGAUGAUGAGGAUGAUUUUACAGCCCCAGAAGUACUGCACGGUGAGCCCAUGUCCAAUGCCUCUGAUUUGUGGAGCUUGGGUGCUGUUGCCUAUCUACUCAUGACCGGAAAAUGUCCACAGAAAUCUGAGCCGACGGCCCCUCAACCCGCGAAAGUGGACGAAGGUGCAGCACCCAAACCCCCCGUUGGCCCGCGUUCACGCAGUAGACGGCGUGGAGAGUCCUCAUCAUCGACCACAAAAGAUGCCUCAGCUCCAGUUCCUGCCCAACCAGAGGAGAAGAAACAAACCAUUGAAUUCCGCCGGUUGAAAGCAUUUACUAAGCCGGGCAAGAAAUUCGUGUACAACACAGUGCGCCAAACACCAUCCAAACGUGGUACGGUCGAAUUUUGGCUCGGAUCCAAAUGGUUCGAUCUACACGCGGAAACGGUGCAAACAAUGACUCGCACACCGAUUCCCUCAACUCAGCUAUCCGCAUAUCGAUNGUGA